AUGUCCGCGUCACGCUUCGUGGUGGCGGUGCUUGUGCUAGGCGUCGUACGCCUGAGCUCCGGGUGGAUUCUAACCCAAAAUCAUCCACAUCUACGGUUCUUCCGUACAACAACGACACCAACGCGGUCCGAUUUCCGUCAUGGACUGACAUUGCAACAAGCAGUCCGGGGUGUGGCUGCCGCUGGAGUCGAGCCGGACGAAUGGGAGGCGUUGCGUCCUCGUUUGGCGGCCGUAUGCCGGGACUGUAUCGACCAAGACUUGGAAAGUGACGGGAUCCUGUUCCUGCCCUCGUUGACCGGAGACCCCGAGUCGCAGUUUGCCGGAAUUGCUGGUCGUGUUUUGCUGCUUUCCAUCGACAGUUGGGUAGCGGAAGACGGUGUCGUGCUUUUGUUUGAUGCGGCGACGGCCGCUAUUGAUGAACUUUUGCAGGACGAAACCGUAAGGACAACCGAAGGACAUGCGCAACCGAUUUUAUUGUAUAUCCAACCGGAGAACGUCACGUCCGUUGUGCAAUCCGACUCGAUGCAAAUGGAAAAUCUUCUGCAAACGCUUAUUAGCAACGACAUUGAUCAGUACGGUCUGGCGGACAUCGUGGGUGGGGACGUAGGCUUCGGUUUGCCACUUACUACUGUCGUACCAACCGACCAAUUUGAGGUCGACGGGGCCACAGUUCGCGAUCCCCUCCAACGAACGGAAUUUUGGGAUACCAGUUCCGUACUGGUUUUCGACGGCUUGGUGACCAGGGAUUUACGUCAACGAUUGCUGGAACUUAUUUUGGAUGAAACCAACUCCGACGAAAAGUGGGACGACGUUGCUAACGGACCGAAUCCGAGUCGAUGGGUGCGGGGUGGAUUGAUGGAUAUACCCGCAGGACAGGGCAGCACUGACGAGGCGGAAGAAUCGGACAGUCUAGGAGGCUAUGGCCUGACCGACGAGGCGAUUGAUGAGCUUUGUUUCGAGGACCACGAGGCGAUCGAAGAGUUCGAAAGUAUCGUGUCGGCACUCUUUCCGCACAUGAGGAUAGCGCGAUUGCCCGAGGCGGUCUUGGGUUCGUCGGUCUCGCCAUUGACAGCCAACGCUCCCAUUCACGGUCACUCGUUUAAAUAUCACAUUGACGCCGAUCCUAAUUUGGUACCACAAUCGCCAUGGGCCGAUGUCUAUGGCCGUUACCCCAAUCGAACACCAGGCAAGCCCCGAUUUAUCAGUUGCCUUGUCUAUCUAAACGACGAGUGGGACUACGAUGCCUGGGGCGCUCCGACAAGAUUUUUGGACUACGCGACGGAAAGUGCUUGUGAUAUCCAGCCCAAACCGGGUCGCAUAGUGUUCAUGGAUCAGGACGUCACCCACACGGUAGUCGCCCCAAUGAGCGCCGCUGGCCUACGACCCCGGUAUUCCCUAGUUUGGAAACUCAUACUGCACCCCACGCGAUAUAAUCAAGACAUGACUGACCUUGCUGGGCCCGGACGCAAUUGGCCCGCACCAACUUUAAUUGGUAGUGCAAAGCGAUAA